UCUCUAUAUAUAUAAUCUCAAUUUCCUAACCGCGAGGGUUCUUGCUGGGAGGGUGUUUCCAAUGAAAGGGCAAGAUGGUGAGUACAGAAUCAGGUAAGUGGCUUGAAGAUUCCUUGCAACAGCUCUGCAGCAAAGUGGAAUCUGGGUUGCAGCUGGACAAUGAUGUCAUCUCAGGACUUGUAUACUAUUGUGAAAAUGCCCUUCCUGAGGAUGCCAAAGAAUAUAUUAUUAAUAUACUUGGCAAGGAAACAGGCCAAGACAUUGUAGAAGAGUACAUGCUAAGAAGAUCCUCUAGAAGGAAUCUCAAUUUAGACAUGGUUCCAAAGGAGGAUAUACAAGUCUAUAUGAAGCCCCCUGCGGAGGGAUUCUGGUCUGGUGGAAACAAAAAAGUAACAAAGAGUGUAGCUGUUCAGAAGGAAAUGAAAGCACCAACAGAAAAUUCAGAUGUAAAGGAUUCUGCAAAUGGCAAAGUGAAUGCUGUCAAGAAAAAGAAAGGGUCUAGAGCUAUUUCUAUAGCAGAAGCUGCAAAAGGCUCUGUUGUUCUCCAACCUGGGAAACCUUGUGAUUGCCAAGCUCGUAGGCACAAACUUGUCACAAAUUGUCUUUCUUGUGGUAAGAUUAUUUGUGAACAGGCUGGAGAAGGUCCUUGCAGCUUUUGUGGUGCUCUUGUGUUACGUGAGGGAUCUAAUUAUGCAGGUCUUGAUAAUGUUGCAUUCCAGUUAUCCGAAGCAGAAUCCAAGGCAGAGGCUUUUAAAAAUAGGCUUGUGGAGUAUGAUCGUAAUUCAGCUGAGCGGACAUCUGUGAUUGAUGACCAAAGUGAUUAUUAUGAAUAUGAAGGGAACACUUGGAUAUCAGAAGAGGAAAAGAAGCUCUUACAGAAGAAGCAGGAGGAAAUCGAAGAAGCCAAACAAGCUAAUCGAAACAAAGUGGUUGUCACCUUUGAUCUAGUUGGUCGUAAGGUUGUGAUGACUGAUCAAGUAGCAGCAGAGCUUGAGACACAGAACAGCAUACUGCGGCCUACUUUUGUGACUGAAGAUAGAGCUAGCAAUCGUAUAAAAUCAAAUCCACAUAUAAGAGAACAACCAGUAUUUAUAGAUGCUUCUGGAGCAGGGAACUCUCGCAGAGACAAGAAGGUGCUCGGAUCUCACACUGGUCUUUUGUAUGAGAUAAGUGGAAGAGUGCAGCAUGAUGAUCCAUUAGUGGGAACACUUUCCCCAGGUGGAAUUAAAUUAACAGAAAUAUCUGUCAAUGCUCCUUGGCAAGGACCAAAAGUCAGGAUGCAAUCUUUUGGGGAACUUGAAAACAAUGAAUGUUCGGUUGAUGUUUGACAAAGUCUACUAAACCAAGUCAAGUUCAACAAGAAGUUUUGCUUGCAGAAUUUUCUUGCAAACAGCAUGUGUCACCUAACAUUCCUUAUUCAAGAUUAAUAAAUGUUUCUGUCAAUAAUGUAAAUCUUUGAAUACAUGUGAAGUGGUAACCAAAUUCAAGCUUGAUUUUAUAUCAAACACAGGUAUGAGCCUUUUGUUGUC